GUGGAACAAUUAGCAGCUAACGGCUAAUAUGUUCUGGUUCCGUGGAGAACAACAGAGGGUUCGGAUAAACAGGCCACAUUAACAAGUGCUGAAUAAAGAGGAGUGACAUUAAACUAACAAUGCGUUAAAGAGACAGAAGUCCGGAGGAGUUCAGUUCCGCUGUGGUUCUAAGUUCUGCUGCUCCUGUGCGGUUCUGAAUGGACCGGGCAGGCAGAACCUCGCUGUUGUCUGUCGGCCCACUACCGCUGGAUUCUGUAGGAAGCGUAAAGAGCUACGAAAAGUCGAGCUCGACGUCCACUCCAGAACCUCCAGUCCGUCUGCUCGAGUCCCGCGUCUCGUUUCAGUCCUGACGGACGACAACGGCUGCGUAUUUACUGGGUCUACUUUCUCUUGGAUGGCGGUGCUGCGCCUCUCCCUCUCUCCUGUGCGAGGCCGCCAUCUUGAAUUUUAAUGUUAAUUUCUAAAAAAAAAUGUGUUUCCUGUGAUAUUUUCGUUUAGGGUGUCGUGCCAAAUUUGGAUUAGUUUUGGAGCAGUGGGUGUUUUAUUUUGUGACUGUCUGACAGAAUCGCCUUGUUUCAAACUCUAGACCCCAGUCUUCCCCACUCAAGAGUGUUUGUUCAUCUCGGAGACUAAAUGCAACUGGACCAGGGGGCUUGUGGGCAUGAAGUGGCUGGGCGAAUCCAAGAACAUGGUAUUAAAUGGCAGACGACACGGAAACAAGUUGACCAGCGAACAGCCUGUGAGCCAGAGCCAGACCCGCUCUCAGCAUUCACAGAGGGCGUCCCUGCGCCACAACAAAAACAGAAACCGAAGAUGUAGCCGCAGGUUUAAUGCAGCCAGUCUAGAGGCAGAGAGGCGCUAUGUGCCCUCCUCAGGAAUGACUGCUAAGGAGUUGUGUGAGAAUGAUGAUCUGACCACGAGCCUCAUCCUGGAUCCAUACCUGGGCUUUCAAACACACAAGAUGAACACCAGAUUUCGACCAAUUAAGGGAAGACAAGAGGAGUUGAAAGAGCUCAUCGAGCGCUUCAAGAAACACGACAACUUGGAGAAAGCUUUCAGAGCGUUGACGUCUGGAGACUGGGCCAGAAAUCUUUUUCUACACAAGACAAAGGCUCAAGAAAAGCUUUUCAAGCAGCAUGUGUUUGUGUAUCUGCGGAUGUUUGCCACGGACAGCGGGUUUGAAAUUCUCCCUUGUAAUCGCUACUCAUCAGAGCAAAAUGGGGCUAAAAUCGUGGCGACAAAGGAAUGGAAAAGAAAUGACAAGAUCGAGUACCUGGUUGGAUGCAUAGCUGAGCUCUCAGAGAGCGAGGAAAACAUGCUGCUCCGACACGGAGAGAAUGACUUCAGUGUCAUGUAUUCAACCCGCAAGAACUGUGCGCAGCUCUGGCUGGGUCCAGCUGCGUUCAUCAAUCACGACUGUCGGCCAAACUGCAAGUUUGUGUCGACAGGGCGGGACACGGCCUGUGUGAAGGUUCUGAGGGACAUCGAACCAGGAGAAGAAAUCUCUUGUUACUAUGGAGAUGGAUUUUUCGGGGAAAACAAUGAAUAUUGCGAAUGCUAUACGUGUGAACGACGUGGCACUGGUGCUUUCAAAUCCAAAGCUGGACUGCCAGUGGAAGUUCCGGUGAUCAACAGCAAGUACGGGUUGCGGGAGACGGACAAACGUCUCAACAGGCUGAAGAAGAUGGGGGAAGGAAACCGGAGCUCAGACAGUCACUCUGUUGGCUCCCACACCGACGUAGACUCUCAGGAAAUGCCAAAAACACAUCAAUCUGCCAGAAAAAGAACAUCGUCGUCAUCUGGCCUGAAGUAUAAAAACAGGACUCAAUCCAGACAGACUUUGUCACGAGCCCUUACUACCUCAUGUUCAAAACAAGGUCGUGUAAACAAUAACAGGGUACCAAAGAGACUAAAAUCCCAAUCCAAGCCUUCACUAAGUAAAGUCCAGUUGCGGAGUCGAAGGAGGGGUGCAGAGCCCAAGGCGUUGGCCAAAGGAGAGACUUGCCAGCUGGGUCUCAGGGACUCGAAGGUGUCGCUGUGUAAAAGUGUCACCGUCAAGAAGGAGAAGGAUGGACAGGAGCUGGUGCAGCAGACAUUAGGCCAGCGGGGCUGCCUCACUCGUCACGCUGCCAAGGAAAAUGGCAAUCUACCGCAUGUGCAAGGCAGUGAUGGCAGCCAGUGCUCGACUUACAGAACUCGCAGGUCCACAAGGACCCUUGUAAAAGCCCAGGAGACGGCAGCUGGCGUUAAGCUGGAGCCCAGCGCCAUGGACGGCUUGAGCCCAGUCCCUGGUGGAGUGGUCAUUAAAACAGAGCCAGCUGACAUGGAGGAGUACCUCCGCCACGGAGUCGGACUGGAGCAGCCAGCUAUAGACGCUGGCUAUUCCAGAAGAGGCUCGUGCACCAGGCGGAAACGGCUGACACGGCUCAGGACCGAGCGGACGAUUAAAUGUGAGGACUCAUAUGGUGAGCCAUUCAUGCCGGUGGCCGCUGGUCACGCCGCUAACUUCUCAGACUGUGGUAAUGUGCUGCUGAGCUUUGCCGACCGACACAGGGACUACAACGGGGUGGCCAAUGGCAGCAAAUCCCUCCGCAGGGACAAAGGUAAGAGUAGCUGCAGGUCACAGGACAAGGGGAAGAAGAAGCGUCGAAUCACCCGAUACGAUGCUCAGCUGAUCCUGGAGAACAACACGGGCAUCCCCAAACUGACACUCCGCCGGCGGAGGGACAGCAGCAGUAGCAAGACCAAUGACGCCAACGAUCCGAUUGGCUCCUCCAACCUCUCUGCCUCGACGGUCAACUCGGCCUCUUCCAGCAAAAUCAGCAUCAAGUUCAGCAAGGACCACGACAAGGACAAAGGCAGCUCAUACAUCGCCAAACUGAAUAACGGCUUUGCUCCCGUGGUCCACAGCAACUCCACCAAGCUGAAGAUCCAGCUGAAGAGAGAGGACGAUGCUCGCAGAAUCACCCAGACGAAGUCUGACCAGAUGUCCUAUAAUGGGGACAUGGGUCAGAGUCUGGAGGCCAGAAAUGGUGGACAUCGGACCCAAAAGGUCCUGGCGGAACCUUCAUCAGAAGAGGAUGAUGAAGAGGAAGGGGAGGAGGAGGAGGAUGAUGAUGAUGAUGACGAUGAUGAUGAUGACGAUGACUACUUCGACAAUGAGUUCGAAGACGAUUUCAUUCCACUUCCUCCAGCAAAGCGCCUCCGACUCAUUGUGGGUAAAGACUCGAUAGACAUCGAUAUCUCCUCCAGGAGGAGAGAGGAUCAGUCCCUGAGGCUCAAUGCAUAAGCUGCGGAGCUCAUCACUCCCACCUUCCCUUGUAAAUAACGAUGACUCGCUAAUCAACUGUUGUGUUGAUGUAAAAGAAGUACAGUAAUUUAAAAACAAAAAAAAUUGCUGAAAAAUUAAGAAUCUGAAUGAACGUUACUCGAAGGUGCUGUUGACCUAAAACAAAUCUCUGUUAUUCACUUCAGUUGUGAUCAUCAUUCUCGUCUCGAGUGUAAUUUGAGUUGUUACUAAUACAAAUUACAUUAAUUAAGUGUAAGUUUACUCACCCGCUCCACCUCUCUGGCAUUUUGUCUGCAAACUAUGCGAAUUGUAAACUGCAGACAUUUGCCAGCUUUGUCCUGUUAUUGUUUCUGAAUAAUUUGGCCGAAUCAAAAAGUGAAAAACGAGAAUUUGUUUUAAGUUCAACUCUUCCUUUAAGUGAAUGCACUUGUUAUAUUCAUAAUGGACAUGGAUAUUGUAGAAAGUGUACAGUAUGGUGACUAUCCCCUCUGUCUCAUAGGCAGGUUUUUUAUGGAACUUUUGAUUUUUGUCUCAUAGUAAUUUUUGUGUGGCGCACCAUGCUGAGCGUUCAGUGUGGUGUGGUUGGUCCAGAGGCAUUAUAAGAUCAGUCAGUAGGUUCAUUUGGAUUCAGGUGCCAUGUUUUCAUUAUCCCAGCAGGUCCGCCGGUGAAGAAACUCUUGAAUUUUCACGUCACCUAAAAUUUAUAUCACAUUUUUAUUCUUUUAUUUAUUAUUUUUAUGUUACUGUAAAUAUCAUAUUACAGAAUGGCUCUCAGCUCACACAUCCUCCAAACCUCAGCAGCCCCCGUUUGUACCAGACAUAGAAACCAGCCACGUAAAUACGUCUGUUUUUCCUCAUUAAGAUCUAUGAGUCACUGAGAAAUUAAUGAAAAUGUAAAAACAAAAAACCCAUCAAAAUCUCACAAUGUUGUCCCGAAUAAGGUGAGAAAAACUUCCACAAUCUGUUUAUUUUUGUCCAGAUCCACACCUAAAGUUAAUGAUUCUGGGCCGAGACACGUCUGGAAAUUUGCUGUGUUGUUUUGGGUUGUCCUGUAGACAAGCAAACAAAACAGACGCAGGUGAACCAGGAUCUCUACAGCACUUGUUUAUGUUAGAACAAUAAUCAUUGUGUAGUUAAGUAUAUUUACAUUUGGCAACCAAACAGACAUAUUGACCAGUAUCCUGGAGCAGAAAGAAGCGUUUUCCAGACCUAACCUGUUACUUUGGUUAGUUAUUCGGCUUCAGUUUAGUCUGAACAUUCACACGACGGCCAUUUUCCUCCGUCAUCACAGUCUGGGCGGGAAACUCAGAUGUCACACUGUUGUGUUCCAGCUUUAAAGUUGUGAAAAGUCUUGACAAAUUAUCAUCACUUCACUUCUGCCCGAUUAAUCAGAAUCUGAAAAGACAAUGGAUGGUUAAAAUCUGGAAGGAUAUCGGACCAUAGUUCAGGUUAAACACUAUUGUUUGAUCACAUGUAGUGUGCUUAGCUUUCAGGCUUGAGUAAGUGUGCAUUGUCAUUUUAGAAUGAAUUCACGUCUUUUGAACAGUUACGUUAGCGAUGAAGUGGUUAAAUGCUAACGUUAGCUAUGAAGUGGUUAGAUGCUAACAUUAGCUGUUGUCUUAAUGAAGCUAACGGGUUUUCUAAUAUGUCAGCGUUGAAACAUGGCCCUCCAAAUUUCACCAUCCGUUGUCCAAAUUGCUUUCACUUCAUUACUUCCUGAUUGAUCGACGACUGAAGAGACAAUCAAUAGAGAAAAUGUUGCAGGUAAAUCAGGUUAUAUUUCUACAUGCUAACCCACAGCUAACGCCAGCAGAUAAGUUGACCCUCAGUCUAAACACAACUUCCAGACCUGAGCAUGACGUCGGGGGAAAAUGGUCCGUUCCAGCAUGCUACUAAAGAUGCUAACCACAUUAGCAACAGAAGGAUACAAAGAGUCUCUCUCCAUCUUUAAAAAAAAAUGGUCGGCACACCCAAAGCCUGGAGUUUUCCCAGUCGUUUUCCAGACAUUUACUUUAGAGAAUAAACACAAACUUCUUUGCCUGUAAUGGCGGAGAGGAAGCCUGUAACGAAGUGUUAAUUGCAGGUGUCAGCAAAUUAGUAGUUACUGGAUUUAACUCCAGAUCUAUGAGUAGCCCUGCUCCUGAAUGUUAUCACAGCCAAGCACAUUACUUAUAGUCUGAUUAAACAUUCAUCACAUUAAUGAUGGUAUUACAAAUAAAACAUGACACGGGAUGAAACCACUCACCCCUUUUUUUUCACUAUGAGUUAAUUUCACACAAAGUUAAACCUUUUAACAAAUCUGUGGUGUUACGUUUUUCCCCCUGAGCAUCAUUAAAAGAGUUGUUGAAGCAGAAUUUACAGUUUUAUGUAUAUUAUGGGUUUAACGUGCAGCAAAAUCAAGUCAAUAUGUUUCUCAGCACCGACAAAACUCUCACAGGACAGAAGAAAAAAAUCAAAUGGGCUCGCUGCAGUUUGUUCAGAGCGUUGUAAAUAAUUUAAUUUAGCUGCAGAGUUCUAAGAAAUAAAAGCACAUGAGUUUUAUAAUCACUUGAGAAAUGUCAGAAUAUAAAUGGACCAGUGUUUUUCUUUGUUGGCGGAGCUGCUGUAUAAUGAAAACAUGGCACACGUGGUCGUUCAACCCCUUUUUAUUAAAACAACUGAGAAGGUAAAUCAAAACCAAAUCCAUUCACAGAGGCGACCUACAUGCUUCUUUAAUCUGUAAUUCUUAAAGUAAUGUACAGAAAGACUGGCUAAUGUUCCUCCACUGAAUUAUGUUUAUUCUCUCUCGAGUCCAGUCUCACUUUUAUUUAUCUCAUCUGAUUUCUGUUGAAUCAAGUUCACAAUUGUCCGUCGACACUAGAGUUUGGGAAGGAAAAUCACAACGUCUGAACUGUUUUCUAGCUUAGUGUCGUGUAUUCUUUUCUCAAUGGUGCUACUUUUAUUUCCUUACCAUCUGUUCUGAGUUUCUGUCCUGUGUAGCUCUUUAUUGGUAGAUGGUGGAAGCAUUAACAGUAACAGGCCCAAAUUCUGUAAAAGGAAAAACACACAUUUUCUGUCAGUACGUCACUUCUUAUCAGUCGCGUUUGUAGCUUUUUAAGUUGUUUAUUUAAGUUUGAUUCACUUCACAGGAGCUCAUUUACAUUCAGUCUGUUUAGUUUGUGAGAAACACACUGUCUAUCCAACAGCAUUAGGUGCCUUAACGAAAGAGCUUUGUGACACAUUUAGACCAAAUUUGUUACACGACUAAUCGACGAAGAGUGAAAAUGCUAAGCCAUCUGCUUCCCCUGUUUUAACGGAAACACUUCAACACAGCGUCAGUCCUUCUGUAUAUUAUUUUAUCUAUGUUUUGUGGAAGUAAAUGAACUGUCCCAACAGAUCAAGGGAUCAACUGAGACUGAAUGUUAACCCACUUUUCCUGUGUUAAUAUGUACUGUUCAUAUCACCAGCAGCUAAUCGCCGUUCUGAACCUGGCUCAGUCUGUCCUCCCCCUUCGUCGGACGUCUCCAUCCUACACUGUAAACUGUUCCAGGUGUACCGUCUGUGUGGUCUUUGUCCAAUAGACAGCUGUCAAGAUUUCCAAUUGAUUCAAAAAGUAAAAGAAAAAAAAAAAAGAGCAAAACAAAUGUGAAUAGUUUGCGGACAUUUUAGCGUGUUGCGUGGGUAGUGGGAAACAUGUAAAGAGAAUUAAAAAUGGGCAGUGUGUAUAUUGUCCAAUAUGUAAAUCAUGUGAACACAUCUUGUACUUAUUUAACAGUUUUGAAUACUUGAAAACUAUAUAAAGUUUCUUUGUGACUCUUG